CAGAGGUUUAGCGGGGAAGUCCGGCCCAUAUAAACCUCCCUCCACAGCACCCAGCCUCUCACAUACACACUCACCCACUUUCAGACCGACAGGAGCUUUUUCAUUCUUCGGUAUUUUGGUAUUGCUACCAGCUUUUUGUUUUCUUUCAAGAUGACUGCCUCAAAGUCGUCACACACGAUGCGCAACAUUGUCAUCGGUUUGUUGGCACUUUGGUCGAUCAUUUCACUCAUCAUCAUCGUGGUUUGGGCCACCUCGCCUGACAUGAAGGGGGCCAGCGAGUGCAACAAUAACCUGAAGAAACUCAAGGAGAAGUUUGCUGAGGAAGAAGGCGUAUGGAACAAGGACCGGAUGGCGUUGGAAGAGCAGGUGAGGCAGGGCCGUACCAACCAAAGCCUGUUGCUGACUCGCAUGGAGCAGCUGAAGAGCCAACUUCUGGCCCUCAAUCAGUCGCUGGAGUCUUGUCAUCAGCAAAAUGACAUCCUGCAUAUGAACAUCACUGCGCUAGAGGAUGAGAUUGAGCUGCAUAAAGCCAUCGAGGCCAACUUAACUGCAAAUAUCACCCUGCAGCAAGAAAUGAUUGAUCUACUGGAGCAUAACGUGUCCCAGGAGGCCAUUGAGCUGCAGUCGUGUGCAAGUUUGAAGGAAGCUGCUCAGAAUCUUCAGACUGCAGCUGAGAAGCAAAUGCAGAGCUGCCAGUCCAGCAAGCAGUUCAUGCAGAAGCAACUAGAAAAGUGCAAAACCGUGCCCCAUACAUCAGCCCCAAAUAAUGGACCCGAUGGACGAACAGCUGGCGUUGUCCUGGCUGCGGUUUUGUGCAUCAGCUUUCUUUUAGGUCCAUGACGGACCUAAGGAGAGCGUUUGUAUGAAAAGAAAAUGGAGACAUUUUCAGUACGACACUGUUUCAAGACACCUGUAUGACGUGUGCAGUUAACCUGGACUUGAAGCAGGCACAUGUUACUUUUGUUGAGAAAAGCACUGCUGUAAGACAAACAGGAAUGUUUAGUUCACUAAAUCAAGAUAUUCCUGAAACAGUUAUUUAGCUUUAAAGGAGAAUAUAAAAAGAGUAUGGGUUAAAAGGUUUUUUUUUUUUUCUUGUGAUGUCAGCAUAUUUUGGUUUCUGUAUUGAGUUGGACAAAAGUGCUUUACUGCCACGGAAGAAUAAAAAAAAUCUUGUUUUUACAUAAAAAAAUUAUUGUUAUGACAAGUUGUGUUUUACAAAAUUUACCAAAUAUUUUCACAUUUUAACGUGACACAUUUUAUGUUACAACGUACAAAUAUCUUGAGGUAAGAUGGUAAGAACUUUAAUGUUAUUAAAAAAAUAAUUUUUACUUUAUAAUAUGAAAAUAUCUAUCUUGUAAAUAUGUGAAAAGAAUAUUUCACUUUUUCUCAUUAAACCUUUGAUGUGAUAACGUGAAAAUAUCUUCUUAACAAAAUCUUUUCAAAUAAAAAACACGCAACUUGAUAUAUAUAUAUUUUUGGGUUUGUUUUCCCGUGACAGCAAUGCACUUACGUCGAAUAAAUAAGCCAUAUAUAUUUGUUGUUAUUAAUUUUUUCUUCUUCUUUUUUUUUCUAUGGUCUGAAGUUUUAAAGUUAUUAAUUUAUGACCUCAUUAUUAGAAAGGUGUCUUUCCAAGUGGGAAACAGAUUUUGAUGAUCGUUGAGAAAUUAAAACCUGCUAGAAUAUGUCAUAUAGUAUAUUUUAACAUAUCUUUGUGUCUCAGCAAACAAAUGUUUGUCUAAGCUUCAUGACAUGUCUGUGCUCGUCUCUUAUUGAUUACUGGAUUCGUUCAAAAAAAAAGAAAGUGAAAGUGCUUUAUCUGUUAUUCUUAUCUUGUCUGUCUUUCUGGCACAAAAUAUUAUAGCAUUACUAAUGGAUUGUACAAAAAAAAAAAUGUGGGCACAAAAUAUGCCUUGGUUGAUACCGUGGCACAGUUUGGUCAUUUUAACGGCUUGAAUACAUGACAGUCUAUUAAAUGCUGGGGGCUGAUCCUGACUUGAAACCGUUGUGUUUGCACUGUUAACAAAUAUUAACAGAAGUUUAUUCAUGUUCAGAUUCAGUUUCAGAUAACUUUAUUUAACCCAGAGGGAAAUUGCUUAACACAGUCUGUUCUGUCUCUCUUUCUGACCUCUUUUUUUUUUUUUUUUUAAAUCUUGGAACGCACUCUCCUGGGCUUACCCCAUCUGCCACCACAUCACUUGUUUGAUUGCUCUUUAAAACUCUUUGCUCAUCUAGACACCACCUUACAAAAACUAAACUAUGUGGCACAUUAAACCCCUGAACACUUUAGGGGAAAAAAAGAGAAAAAAAAAAAAACAGUCAGACUGACUGUGAAUAAUGUCCAUGUUAAAGAGAGAAAUGUUUUAACCGAUAUCUUUCGAUCCAGCUAUACAAUACUUCCUACAUUAUGAGCUCACAAUAAAGUGCAAGUGCUUUAUUUAUAAGGCUGUUAUAAGGUGUUUUUUUUAAACUACAUCAACUCUGGUUAACAUUGGGCCGGCAAGUGCAAGAGAUUUAUUCUAACAGCACCGUCAUUAAUCAGACUAUGGCUAGGUGUCCUACAUGUCUAAAUCACAUUUGAAAUUUUAUUGAUCCGGUGAUGUCUUUGUAUGAUAUUUUUCCUUACAAUUUUGCUAAUCGACAACAAAUUCUGAAGGUUGGAAACUCCUCUUAGGUUAUUCCUGGAACAAAACAAAUAAAGUACUGUCAAAAUCAGACACUUCCCAGAAGUGAGUUGGGUUCUAGCUCAAAUUAGCCCACACAUGAUAAGGCUUAGUGACUGGUGUUUGGCCUGGGAGCCAGGAGGAGGAAAAAUAUGGUAGUGUUCAAAGAAAAUUAAAGUGCUGGCAGAUGUGAGUGUAUUGGAAAUAUUGUUGAAAUAAACUUUGAAAAACUGAA